UCAGUCUUUUCUCCAAAUCAAAUUGUGGUAUAAAUUAACGCUCAACUUGAAGAAAUCAGCAAUGAGCAACCACUGCAAGGAUAACGAAUACCUUAUUUUAUUUUUCUGAAAAGAAGAAGAAGCAGCUCUGUUUCAAUUUCAUACCCUGUUUUCUUGUAUGGAAAGAGAGAAAAGUAAAGCUUAUGUUAAUGGCGAAGACGAAGAACAAGAAGAUGAGAAGAUGGAGGAGUUCUUUGCCUUAAUAAGGAAUUUUCAAGAGGCACGUGAUAAAAGAAGAAAUGAGCUGAAACAAAUGGAGACGAAGACGAAGACGAUGAAGGGGGAAAACAAGGUAAGGAGGUUAAACAACAAUGAGCAGCCGAGUUGGGUUCCGAGUUUUGAAUGGGCUGAUUUUAAUGAAGAAAUCGAGUUUCGAAAACCGCCUAUUAUUUACCCAACACCAUACAACGGCGACGAUGACGAUAAGGAAAAACAGCAACAACAUGAUGAGGAAAACGAUGGUUUAGAUCUUAAGCUCACCCUUUAGCCUUUUUUUUUUUUAUGGGUUUAAAACAAUGUUAAUUACUAAGUAUUUUUAAUGAAAUUAAAUUUAGGUUUUUGUUA